CGCUCCGCGCCGCCGCCGCCAAUGGGGGGCGGGCACCGCGCUCCCCGCACGCCCCCGCCCGAGCCGGGCCGCUUCGCCGCUCCGGGGCCGCCGCUGCCGCCGCCCGCCCCAGGGCUCAGGUGCUUCCACCGUGCUGGAAAUAUGGGAUCGGAGAACCCCUGUCCACCGAACCCUGGCUGUAAGAUCAUGACCUUUCGUCCCACCCUUGAGGAGUUUCGGGACUUUGGGAAGUACAUUGCUUACAUGGAAUUGCAGGGAGCUCACCGAGCAGGGCUUGCCAAGGUGAUUCCUCCCAAGGAAUGGAAACCCCGAAAAACCUACGAUGACAUCGAUGACAUGGUUAUUCCAGCUCCCAUUCAGCAAGUGGUUACCGGGCAGUCGGGGCUGUUCACACAGUACAAUAUACAGAAGAAACCUAUGACGGUGGGAGAGUACCGGCGUCUGGCUAACAGCGAAAAGUAUUGUACUCCACGCCAUCAGGAUUUUGAAGACUUGGAGCGCAAGUACUGGAAGAAUCUCACAUUUGUCUCACCGAUUUAUGGGGCAGAUAUCAGCGGCUCGCUGUAUGACGCGGAUGUGGAGGAGUGGAACAUUGGCAACCUGAACACCCUCUUGGACAUGGUGGAACACGAGUGUGGUAUUAUCAUAGAAGGCGUAAACACUCCCUACCUCUACUUUGGGAUGUGGAAGACAACGUUUGCUUGGCACACAGAGGACAUGGAUCUCUACAGCAUCAACUACUUGCAUUUUGGGGAGCCAAAAUCCUGGUACGCCAUUCCUCCUGAACACGGCAAGAGGCUGGAACGCCUGGCGAAAGGAUUUUUUCCAGGAAGCUCUCAGGGAUGCGAUGCUUUCCUCCGUCACAAGAUGACCCUCAUUUCACCCUCGAUCUUGAAGAAGUACGGCAUUCCUUUUGACCGGAUCACCCAGGAAGCUGGAGAGUUUAUGAUUACGUUUCCUUACGGCUACCACGCUGGCUUCAAUCAUGGCUUCAACUGUGCUGAGUCUACCAACUUUGCUACUUUGCGAUGGAUUGACUACGGAAAAAUGGCAACGCAGUGCACGUGCCGCAAGGACAUGGUGAAGAUUUCCAUGGAUGUCUUUGUGAGGAUUCUGCAACCAGAACGCUACGACAUAUGGAAACAAGGGAAAGACACAGCUGUCCUGGACCAUAUGAAGCCCACAGCUGUGACUAGCCCAGAGCUUGAUGCCUGGAAUGAGACUAAGGCAGAGCUGAAGAAUAAAUUGCUUCGCAGGAUAGGAGAUGAGGAAGAGGACAACAAACACCGGUCUCACAGGAAAAGGAGUCAGCCCAGAAGACAUAAAACAGAGGAUCAGAAAUCCCUUGGGGAUGUCAUGGCUAUUGAAACAGCCUUGGAAGAUGUGAAAGUAAAAGAGGAGCUGAAAAGAGGGCCCGAUCUGGAGGAAGAGGAGAGAAGCAAAGUGGUGGAGGGAGGAGAAGGUGAGGGCAAAGUAAAGGCCCGUCCACCGAAAGCGAAAGGUGAGAGGAAGAAGAAGCACCUUUUCCACCAGCACCAGCACCAUCUGCCCGUGCUGCAGCAUCCCCUGCAGCAGCAGCCGCCCCCACUGCCGGCACCGCAGCCCCUGGCCGAGGAUGGGGUGGCAGCAGCGCGGCCGACAGCGCUCCCAGCCGCACCCGUGUCGUCCACGGCAGAGACGUGUCUACCCGCAGCUCCCCUGAACAUCGUCCAGCCCUCGGAGGCGCCGGUCGAGGAAGACGACUUUAAACCUCGGCCAAUCAUUCCCAUGCUGUAUGUGGUUCCACAGAACAAAAAGGUGACGUUUGACAAGGAGCGCAUGUCCUGCCAGCAGGCGUUUCAGGAGUUUGUCGCGCAGAAGAGCUUAGGGUGGCAGGAGCCAUCGGUCCCUGCGGAAAUCCCUGUGAAGGAGGAGGAGAAAGCAGAAGCAAAAACUACAGAGGCUGCUGCAGAGACUGCUGCUGCCUUUUCAAAAAUAAAGAUGGAGAUAAAGAAGAGUCGUCGCCAUCCGCUGGGUAAACCACCAACCCGCUCCCCGCUGUCGGUGGUGAAACAGGAGACCUCGAGUGAUGAGGAAAUGUUUCCAUUUUCUGGUGAGGAAGACAUGAGUGACCCAGAGGCUCUGAAGUCUUUGCUUUCCCUCCAGUGGAAGAACAAAGCGUACAAUUUCACUGCUGAGAGGAAGUUCAAUGCAGCUGCUGCCCUGAGCGAGCCAUACUGCGCUGUCUGCACCCUCUUUUACCCCUAUAACCAGUCCCUACAGGUGGAUAAAGAAGCUGUCCCAGUCUCUGCAGGGGAGGCCACCUCUUUCGUCCACCUUUCGAAGUGUGGACAGAAGACCAAGCCUCUGAUCCCAGAGAUGUGCUUUACCUCGAGUGGAGAAAACACAGAGCCUCUUCCUUCAAAUUCCUAUAUUGGAGAGGAUGGAACCAGUCCCUUGAUAGCCUGUGCCAAAUGCUGCCUGCAGGUUCAUGCAAGCUGUUACGGAAUACGUCCAGACUUAGUGAAUGAAACUUGGUCCUGCUCACGGUGCUCAGCCAACGCUUGGGCAGCGGAAUGUUGCCUGUGUAAUCUCAGGGGAGGAGCUCUUCAGAUGACCACGGAUGGGCGGUGGGUCCAUAUAAUCUGUGCUAUCGCUGUCCCCGAGGCCCGCUUUCUCAAUGUCAUAGAGCGUCAUCCUGUGGAUAUCAGUGCUAUUCCAGAGCAGAGGUGGAAACUGAAAUGUGUGUACUGUCGGAAACGGAUGAAGAAGGUGUCUGGUGCCUGCAUCCAGUGCUCGUAUGAGCACUGCUCCACGUCCUUCCACGUGACCUGCGCCCAUGCUGCCGGCGUGCCCAUGGAGCCGGACGACUGGCCCUACGUCGUGUCCAUCACGUGCUUCAAACACAAAGCCGCCAAUCAGAAUAUUCCAUUUCGAAGGGAGGUGACGCUUGGGCAGACUGUGAUCACAAAGAACCGGAACGGACUCUACUACAGGUGUAAAGUGAUUGGCAUGACAACACAGACUUUCUACGAAGUAAACUUUGAUGAUGGCUCAUACAGCGACAACGUUUACCCAGAAAGCAUCAUUAGCAGAGACUGCGUCCAGAUGGGGCCUCCUCCGGAGGGUGAGGUGGUUCAGCUGCAGUGGACAGACGGAAUUGUCUACAAGGCCAAGUUUAUCGCAGCCCAGAUUAAUCAGAUUUACCAGGUCGAGUUUGAAGAUGGUUCCCAACUCAUGGUAAAGCGUGGGGAUAUUUAUACCUUGGAGGAGGAGCUUCCCAAGAGAGUGAAGUCUCGCCUGUCCCUCAGCACUGGGGCCCCUCAGGAAGAUGUGUUUUCAGGAGAUGAAGCAAGAGCAGCCAAGCGCCCCCGGCUGGAGAAUUCCAGAAAUCCGGAAGAAUAUGGACAAAACCCAGAUUACUUGGCCUUUAUGGAGAGCCUGUUGCAGGCUCAGAGUAAUAUGUUUUAACCAGGAUUAAUAAAGAAAAUUAACCCUUUUCAAGCCUGAGGAGAAAUAACCAGGAAGCGGUGGAACAGGAGGCCACCCCUGUGCAAUAGCCUGCUGUGAAUUCCUUUCAUCUGCUCUUGGUUUGGACGGUGGGAACAUCCUGCCUGGCUGCACGCUACCUCGACUUUCCCAGACGUUGCUGCCCAGUAGAGUAGGGAGCUUGGAAAACCUUCGGACAACAUGUCACACGGAGACUUUGGAAGUGUGCUAAUGGGGCUUUGUGACUGGCUCGUUUUUGAGGCUUGGAAAGGGUUAAAGUUAAACGACGACUUUUUAAGAAUCUGUCAAACUUUUGUCUUUUGAGGUGCUAUUACCCUGACUACUGAAGCAGCCUUUGGAAUUGUGUUUUCUGUACAUAGACGUCACCUUUGGGAAGUUUUCUAUAAAUGAGCAUUAUUGAAAAAAGGAAAAAAAAAAAAAAAAAAAAAAGAGGCAGACAAAAAUAGGAAAAGAAAAAUUUCCACAAAAUGUUUUUUCUAGUUUAUGGCUUUAAACUUUAAAACAGAAAAUAAAUGAAACCCUCUUCCCUCCCCCAGAUGAAUUGUGACUGGCGCUGCAGUGGGGAGAGAGAGCGUGAGCAGGCGGCCCGGGACGUUGGGGUCCUUUUUGUAAAGAAACACUAUCUCCUUUAGGGGCUGGGGGGGUCGGGCAGGAAAUGUUUCAUAGCUGGGACGUUUCUGACCAUUCCUUCUCUCCAAGGCGUGGCAGAUCUGUGCAUUUCUGCCAUGUCGCCAGGAAGGGGCUUAGGGAAGAAAUGGCCACGUUUGGAUCAUCCUCAUCAUCGUCCUUCCCCUCCUUUGCCAUCACUGUUGUUUUCUAGUUAAAAUCCGCAUAGCUUUUGGUUGCGAUACGGCACUCUUUGGACAAGUGUUCUGUUCCUGCUUCUCGUGUUAGUUCCCGUCCGAGCCAUCCCCUUUCCCAGCACGGACGAGAGCGGCGGGAGCUUGCUCCGGCUCUCCGGUAGGCAUGUCUCCCGUAGGAACCUCCUUCUUUUCUGUCUCCUUAUUUUUAUUUUAUUUUCUUUAAGUUGUGCUCCUUGCAGCUGUACGAAUCAUUCCAUGGCAGAAGCUUGGGAGGUGUCUGUAUGUUUUUCUUUUAUCCUAUUAAAGAAGAAAUUCCCCAAACAUCUUUGAUUGUUGUGACAUCCUUUCCUUAAGUAAAGACGGAGCCCUUGCGGUACGCCCGGGGAAGAGGAGCGCAAGCCCUUCGUUUGAGAGGACUCGGUUCCCCAAGAAUUGGAUGAGCAUGAAAGGCAGAACCAAAUCCUGAAGUCUUGAGCGCGCAGCUCCAACCUGAACACUCGGAAGCCACCUCUGGUCGCAGAGCUGUUCCAGAGCAGCAUCUUGUAAAAGAACCUGAUCCAAACCCUGCUGAAGUCACUGGAAAGUCUUCCACCCUCCCAGGAUGAUCUCUGCCAAUCCUGACGGAAGAAGAGAGCAGCCCAGCCCUGGAGCGGAGUUGGGAAGGGGACGUGGUUUCCACGGUGUCUGGGUGAAAGGGGCAAGGGCGCAGCCCACCGCUCGCCUCCGUGCCUGGGCCUGGCAGGAGCCGCUGUGGGGUAGCAGAGCUAUGGCACAGCACUCGUUUCCACUUAAUUCCCUGAAAUUACUGGACAGAAAGAGACAAUAUUCCUGGGUUUUAAGCCCCGGGGCAAGGUGGUCGUUGUUCUGCCGAGAGGUUUUUAAGCAACGCUAUAGCUGGAUCUUUAAGGGAAUAAGUGGGAAGGAUUUGUGGGCUGGCAGAUGGCAGAUUAGCAUCUUAAGAGACUUGGUGGGCAUUAAACUGCAUCACUGAGGAGUGGAGCUGGAAUAAAGCAAUUCUUUUUUAAUUUUGUUUUUUGUUCUCCCUGGAGAGAAUCAGGGUUCCCUUUAUUCCCUGCUGCCUCUGCUACGGGUUAUUUUCUUUGUGUGCGUGUCUGCGCGUGUGCACGCGUGUUUGUACAACAUUUGAAACAGGGUUUUAUUAUUUCUGAGUUUUUGACAUUUUCAAUAGAUGUCUCUGCGAAUAAAAACAAACAGACUAAUAAAAGGUUAAAAAUUGGCAAGGUUCUUGAAAGCCUCAGUGGUUCCUCCUACGUAGCUGCCUCCCAUCGGUUAAGACGUGAUUUAGCAGAAAACUCGCUUGUAUAAAAGAAUAAGAAUGUUGCCAGGCCACAAGAGAAAUGUUGAAAGCAAUUGAAAGAGAAUUUAAAGGGCAGAGGAUUUUUUUUGGAGGUGGGAGGG